AUGGCAUGCGAGCAAGUCGGGCAAGUUUUCGACAGGUUGCCCAUUGGCCCACCAGGCCAGCCGCUUUUGCUGACCCUGUCGUUGGACAUGGUAGGCUCAGAGCCACAGAGCUGCUUGAAAGUCCAUGGCUUGACUCCACGACUGGGAGGGUCAGGCUAUUCCGACGCUGGCCCAACAGUGCAAUUGAAGGGUAACAAUGCCACCCGUCCGUGGGCAUCCCGGACAUGGCACAGCAGCAUGCAACCCACAGCGAGGGCCACGGGCCCCACCAGGACUUCCAGGGCGCACAGUACCCCAGCACGUGGUUGUCCUUCAAGCGAGCUCCUUCACGAUUGGCCGUCUUCGUUCAUGGAAAGUUUAUGUUGGAAUAUCGCCGAUAUUCUGCAAGAAGCCUCGCUAAACUGUUCUCUGGACAGCUUGCACAAAGAUGCCUUGGCGCAGCUCAUUGCAGGCAUGAAGGCAGAACAGCUCCCUUCAGAUCCUUUUCAGUGCAGCACCCCUUUUCCGUGGCAGAUUGCUGCCGUGUACUUCGACAUUGCUAGCCAGCUUGAGUUGGUGGAUCCCCAUGUUCCGCGCGAGCCGGAACGGGCGCGAGCUGCAGCUAGCAUAUUGCAUUCAGUUUACCAGGCCCUUAUCACGGCGGCAUCAUUUCUGACACGCAGCAUGGUUUCGCGGAGCGUACAUCUGCAAAGCUCACUGGAUGGAUUCUACAGCUCAGUUGCUACGCAUUUGGUUCAUUUGGCUCGAGGAGCGAGUGGUCAGAGGAGCCGAACCCUUGGGCUUCACACGCAAGCAACACCAUCGGAAUGGGCCCAUCGUUCGGCAGCAGCUAUCAAUGCGGUUUGUCGGCCUGGUAGAACGAAUGCACCAUUGCUUGACAGUCACCGACAGGGUUCAAAAAGCAGCCUCCAGUAUUCAAAUUCAGCUAGUGGUGGCAGCGCUGGCAUUGGGACUGGCCGAACGUUCUUCAGUGCGAAUGUCACUUUACAUGAGUUCCAGACGACCGACAUCGCUUCCCGCCCGUUUUCGGACUCAAGUGACCGACGAGAGCCAUUCAUUGCGGGGCGAGCGAAUCUUUGUGCACACCUGCGAGGCAUUCUGGUACAGGCUACUUUGGAUGGGCGCUUGCAGGAAGAGCUGGGCCGCGUUGACACAGACUUCCGACCCGUUGACGAAGAGUCGAGUAGACCUAACGGCAUUUCGAAGCCGAUGUUGCUACCAGUCGGCAGCUUCUCCAGCACAGGCACAGUCUCACAACUCUACGAGCAUGCAGACCUACCGAACGGAGGCUCAGCGAUGUCAUUGAGUUCAGAUUCGGACAUGCGAAACGAAGAGCAACAGGUGUCAUCGAGUCCUUCAAGCGCAGUGGCCGUGCGGCGGUUUGCUUCUAGGCGCCAGGCGGGAAGCAGUGCAUCGACAGAAAAGCAAGUCUCGGAUCAUUUUCUUGAACUCGGUGACUUAUGCGAUGUUGCAAAGUGUGCCCACAUUUCCGAACUUUGUGAUGCAGAAGACAGCUCGACGCCUGCCUGUUCCCAGCGACAUGCAUCGCCGCCUGCAGCCCAGCCCGCCUUGCAAAAGCUGCGGCCAUGGGAAGACAAUUCCUCUCACAGGGCUGAUGCUCUUAUACGGCACUUGGACGAGGUCAGUCGAGGACAGGGUACGGCUGGUGUCGAAAGAUGCCUGUAUGCCGACGGCGUGUUGCCUCUGUCGAAGGAGUCGUCACCGAAUGAAAGAACUGUGCGAAUGCUCACGGAAGAAACAACGAAGGAAGAGCCUUGUGCAGCUGGGCAGACCAGUUCAAGCCGAGCUUACAAAGCUAUGACUUCUUCGUUGCUAUCGCUUGCACGCCCUGCUGAGCGACAAGAUGCCCAGCAGCGGAAGCAAGCACCUCAGACGACAAAGAGCAUUCAGCAAAACGCUCGCGAACGGCAAGCAGGACCUGACAAAGCAGGGAAAAGCUCUGCUUUGCCACCAGAAGUCUCCGUCAAGCUGCCUCAAGUGGUUCAGUGCAGAGGCUCCCAGAAGUCAUCAAGCCUGGCUGCAGGAAUCUACUCGCAGUCCUUCAAGAAAGUGUCUUCGAAUGCUGCAGACAAGCACAGGCUGUACAGGUCAAGCCAGAGCCUGCCCGUGAUCAAGGUCAAGCAGCGUAGUCCCCCUGACUUGCCUGAACGCAAGUGGCGCCCAAUGUGUUAG